GGUGGAUUUCGCAAAGAUAUCACGUAGAAAUAAGGAUCUUUCUGAGAAUCUCGCCUUUAUCUGCUUCCUUCCAUUCAAUUGAAAAGGCAAAAUCACCAAGAUCUUCUCUUUUCUCUUUUUCUCUGUUCUUGUUUUUUUUUUCCCCUCCCUGUUUCCACUUCCUCUGCUAUAAAGACCCGUCACUGCGACAUCCCUCUUUCUUCCUCAUUCAUUUAUUGAGACCCUCUGCAAGAAAUCGGGCAUUAGUACAGUUUCAUCACCAUCAAGAAAAGGGGAAAAGCGGGUUCUUUGCUCAAUCUUUCAUUGCAAGCCUUCAUGACGAUGGCCGGCGAGAUUCUCCGGCGUCAAUCGCCGGCGGAGGUCGCUGUGUGUGGUGGGUCAGCUCAGGAGCUGCAUGUUCUUGCGGUGGAUGAUAGUCUUGUGGACAGGAAAGUCAUUGAGAAGCUGCUCAAGAGAUUGUCUUGUAAAGUUACUGCUGUGGACAGUGGAUUAAGGGCUUUGCAGUUUCUGGGAUUGGAUGGAGAGAAGAGCUCUGUCGGAUUUGAUGAUCUGAAGGUUAAUCUGAUAAUGACUGAUUACUCCAUGCCGGGGAUGACUGGAUAUGAGCUUCUUAAGAAGAUCAAGGAAUCAUCAGCUUUCAGAGAAACACCAGUGGUUAUCAUGUCCUCCGAAAGAAUCCUCGCCCGCAUUAACCGAUGUCUAGAGGAAGGAGCAGAGGAAUUUCUUGCAAAGCCAGUGCAACUGUCCGAUGUUCAGCGCCUGAAGAAUUUCGUGAUGGGAGGGGGAGAAGUUUGCUCGGACAGAAGAAUCAACAAGAGAAGACUCGAAGAAAACAAUGAUGGCCUCAGCAGCGACGGUGAUCAUGCCCCAUCACCGGUGUCGCCACUGUGCAGUUGUGACCGGGCAGUGUGCUCAUCUUCAUCAUCUGAUUCUUCGUCGCCAUCUAUAGCUGUGUGUUCAUCAAAGAGGCUUAAAAUACAUCGUCGAGAUUGAACAGAUAUUCAUUCGUAUAUAACAGAAUUCGAUUCAUUGUUGUUUCUUUGGU